AUGGUGGCGCUGUGGGGGGGCCUCCUCAGAGUGCUGCUCCUGCUGUACAUUAUCUUGGCCAACUUACCAUCCACACGAAGCGUAGAUGUUUGUAAAGGAGCAGAGGAAACUUUGAGCAAAUUCUGGAACACCAUAGACAACGCAAAACAUGGAAACGUCAUCCUAAUAAACAUAAAAAAUUAUUACUGCCCAGCAUGCAACCGGUACAUAGAUGUGUGGAACAAACUGGAGGAAGAAAUAUCAAACUACGAGAGUAAUGUUACCCUGUUUGUAUUUGACUGCUCAUGCAACUUAUUUGUGCCGUACUGCAGAUUCUUUAAGGUGCGUUAUUUCCCCACCUUUCGGCUGCUCCACCCGGUGUAUGAUUACAUGGACAGUAAAGACACUGAGUAUAAAUACAUAGCUCCAAAUACAGAAAUGGUGAAUCGACAGUACGACAAAGAAUUGCUACUAGCCUAUAGGGAAGUUGAUAGAGUGAACAACCUUGCACAAUUCCAAAGAAUGAUGCAGACGCAUUUGUGCAAAAAUGUGAACUUCAAUCACAUCGACUUGAAGUCCUGCUACGCUGAUGUACCACCAGAAGAGGAGUCCCCUGAAUAUGCCAUGUUUAUAGCCUCCACGAGUGGCCCCAUAGGGGGAAUCACAGGAAAAGAAGGUACAAAUACAAAUCGAAUGGCUGUCGAAAGGUGGAAGGGGAUGACCUUUACAAAGGAUAACUUAAAGCACGACAUUGUAAGGGGUAUGCUUUUCACAUUGAGGAAAAAUAUUUCAUUAGGGUUAGAUGUGGACAAAUCCACGGUGGAACCUUUUCUCGUUAUGACACAGAUCGUUUCGGACAUGUACCCUGAACUGGCCGAGUGGCUGAGCGACCUUCGUGAGGAGCUGGCCUCCAAGCGGUACCCACUCACGUAUGAGCAGUGGUCCAAGGUGGUCGACGAGCUUGCAGGGAUGGAGAUCACCACUACCCUCAGCAAUGACGCCGAUGUGAAGAGUCUUGUAGGGGACACCCCCUGGAACGAACCCAAAUUCAAAGUGUGCGAAGAGAACUCCGUCCUCUGCUCCUACUGGUUGCUCUUCCACAAAAUAUCCAUUCACUGCCUCAUGCGGGACAAGGAAAGGUACCACUUCUACAUUAACGCAUUAACAAACUACACAAAAAAUUAUCUAAACUGCGAAAGUUGCAUACAGCACUUUGUCACCGCACAAGAGUCAUGCUACUAUGGGUUCUGUAACAUCCACUCAGCCGAAUCGUUCGUUAUCUUCCUAUGGAGAAUACACAACGCAGUUACGUUGCGAUCCAUGUACGAAGCGAUAAUUCAAGAGACGCAAGUUCAGGGAGGACAAUCAGAACCCACAAAUAGUAAGACAGAAAAGGGGACAAAAUUUCUCAACCGAGAUUUGGCCUUUCCCCCGGAGAAGCAGUGUAAGUUCUGUAGAAGUGGCAUUGGCUUUACAAGAAUUACUCCGCCAUUUAUUGCGGAUGCGGUAAAACAGAAAUCUAUUAGUGACAGAGAUUUUGAUGCCAUCGAUGGGUUCAGCGUCAAGCAGGUUCUGAACCACCUCGUUAAGGUGUACUCCUAG